CUGAGUCACUGAAAAGUGGCGGUAUAGAGUAUCAAACUCUCGGCCAAGCUGUCAAAAUCAUACAUACAUACAGCUAAGUCACUUAGCUAAGAGCCACUAGAUGGUGCUGUUUUUAGGCCAAUUUUAACGGUUCUAAAAUGGCCGACGAUUCAAAUUCUUACACACGGAUUCGACACAUAUUUGUUCGGGGCCCGUUCUCUGGUUCUCUGUGAUCGGCCUUUGCAUUCCUGGUCCCGCCCUUCCGCAGUUCGUAAAUUUUAAACUAAUGCGAUACCAGACGAUCGUGAUGCAGAUUCCGCUUUUGAAGGAAGAUCUGCCCUACAGGAGAGCGGAAAGCAUAAAGAAAAAAACACAGUGUAUAUGGUGUAUAUUGUGAAAUCAUAAAUAAAAAAUCAAAAUGCCGUUUUGAUUGGUGUAAUAAAAUUUAUUCCAUUUGAAAAAAAAACCCUUAUUUAAAAAUUAAUAUCUUGCGUAACAUUUCAUAAGGGCGAAACUUCCAAAUGUAAACAAAUCGAGAUAUAUAUUGAUUUCAAUAGACGGUAAUACUAUUAAUAUUCUAAAAAUAAAUUUGGUAAAGAUUUAAAAAAAACUAGCCUAUACAAAUUAUAUGUUAAAAAGGCGAAACUACCUUUUGAGAUUUUACUACCACUUUUCGAGUUACGCCGGGCGAAACUAUUGUUGUGUUUUGAAAAACGGCGAAACUUGUUUGAAUUUUCGAAGCGUACGAUUUUAAAGGCAUUUUCACGAAAAUUUUGGUUUUUACCAUGGAAUUCACGAACUUUCAACUAUUGUUGGGUAAAUAUAGUAACAUAUUUCAAUAAAUGAUUUAAUUUUCAAAAUAUCACAUAACUUUUAGAUGCAGCAGCACUUGUGUUGUCUAGCUCGGAAACUGUUUCAUUGGACGAUAAUCAAUCAGUAAACCCUUUUGAGGAAACAUCACGAACGGAAUGUAUUCCGUCCGAAACGAAUGAGUUAUCUUUUGCUGAUAUUUCGGCAUCUACCCCCAAAAAGCAAAGGAUUCAUAAUUCAUCUGCUCUACACAGCAAAUUUUUUUUUGCUGGAAACCAGCAAAAUUUUGCUGGUUUUUGUCCCGCUGACUUUCCAGCAAAAUUUCCAGCAAUUUAAAUUGCUGGAAAAAACAGCAAACGUUAAUGCUGGUUUCCAGCAAUUCAAAUUGCUGGAAAAUCAGCAAUCCAGAUUGCUGGAAACCAGCUAUUUCUUUCAACACAACCGGCAGUAUUUAGUAUGAAAUUUAUAUUUGAAUUCAAAAUUAAAGUUUAAUGUUGGCUGUGCAUACAGUAAGCAAUAAAAACAAUUAUUUUCUCCCAUUUUCAAUAAGGGAUUUAUUCAUUUAAAAAAAAAACAACUAUUUUACAACCACUUUCUAACACCGGCUCUGGGGUGGCCGCUUUGUGCCAAAGUGUUGAUCAUCCGCCACCUGUAAAAAUAGUUUUGAUUAGUAUCUUCUAUGGAAUAUCUACCUGUACAAUAAAAAUUUACCCUUGACUUGAUGCCUGGUUGCUAGAAUAUAGAGGAAAAUAAAAUAAUUAUAUCAAUUUAAUCAAAAUUCAUAAAAUAAAAUCUCACCUUGCUUCGGCGUACGAAACAAAAACAAACUCCAAAUUGACAACUCGAUUGCUGAUUUUCCAGCAAACUAGAUCAAUUGCUGGAGAGUCCAGCAAUUUGAAAACCGAUUGCUGAUUUUUCAGCAAAAAUGACAAGCACAUAACCGAAUGCUGAAAAAUCCAGCAAUUCGAAAACCGAUUGCUGGUUUCCAGCAAAAAUUUCGAUUGCUGAACGUUUCCAGCAAUUUUUUUUGCUGGAAAUCGAGGCAAAAAUUUACAGUGUAGACCUUAGAACAAACCCUGCACACCGGGAACCACAGGUUGUUUCAUUAGUGGCACUUUCAAACCCUUCAUUAAAUAAAACUCCAGUAUUCGGUAAUCCCAGGGCAGAUAUAGAACAACUGGAACAAACACUCUCAGAAAGGGGCAAUUCCAGUUGCAUUCUGCCAAAUGCUGACUCGUUCUUUACCAAUUUGAGCAAUUUUAAACGGACAUCUUUUGGUCGAGCUGGUACACCUGGCCGAAACACAUUAGAGAAAACAGUGGCAAUACGAUCUUUUAAUAAUCCGGAGGUCACGAAAGAAGAUCAAAAGAGCGUCAUUUUGUCAGAUGAUGACCAAGGUGAUGUGGACGAUGAAACGGAGGAGAUUGUUCUGGGGGAUGCAGUCGAAAUGAACGAUUUCGUUUUGAAUGAGUACUUUGAGAAGUAUAUAAAUCAAACAAUAUUUGACAACGAAGGACACGAAUUGAUUGAACAUGGUAAGUUUGAAUGAUGGUUGAAUAAUAAAUGAGAAUUAUCUUGCAAAUAUUAUCUGUGUUGAAAAAGGACAAAUUUUCGAAGUGAAGUCACAUGGAAUGCUAAAUACAACUUUUUUUACACUUCAGAAGCCAGCAGUGAAGAUGAAGCUCCCGGUGAUUUGGGAUUCAAGGAGUUGAACACGGAAGACAUCGUUAAAUCUAAAAAGCAGACGAAAGAAGACAACAGAUUAGCCAAAGUAAGAGGAGAAGCAUACACCCGAAAGGAUGGUACUUCUGUACCUGCCAGAAGUUUAAAAAAGGCUUGCAACUGUUUCCAUUUAAAAUGCUUCAAAAAAUACCCUGAGCAUAUACGUCAAAGGCUUCUCAAUUUAUUUUUAAAAUUGAAGGAAUCCGGACAGCAGCAAUUCAUUAGUAACCACAUGGCGGUGAAAACAACAGCAAAACCAACGGUGCUUAAUUCUAGAAGAUCCUUUACUCGAACUUAUUAUUUACCCGGACGUGAUGGUAGGAUACGAGUCUGUAAGGAAAUGUUUAUGGCAACCUUGGACAUCACCGAUAAGAAAACAAGGACCAUUGCUACUAAACUAAUUACUGGCCUCGGUUUAGCUGUUGAUGAUCUUAGAAGUGAAUUUACUUCACGUCUAAUCAUUUCAGAAGAUCACCUCAAUUACAUCAAAGCGCAUAUCAAUUCAUUUCCGGCAUAUUCAUCACAUUAUUGUAGAGAGAAAAGCCAGAAAAAGUAUUUGAGCAGCGAUCUCAAUAUCGCGAAAAUGUUCCGUCUGUACAAAUCAAAGUGCGUUACGGAUGGUCUCAGGCCAACUCACUACAAUACGUACAGAAAAAUAUUCAGAACGAUGCGCCUCAGUUUUCGAAAAACCAAACUGGAUACCUGUAACGAAUGUGAUAAAUAUGCUAUGCGUCUUAAAUUAUCAGAAACAGAAGAAGAAAAAGAAAAGGUUAUUGAAGCCAGAGAUCGUCAUCAUACUCGAGCAGCAGCUGCAUAUUCUGCGAAAAAAAUAGACAUGCAAAAAUCAAAAAUUGAUCCGGAAACAAGGACAGCUUGUUUCGACUUGCAAAAAUGUUUACCAACACCACAUUUGACUUGUGGGAUGGCCUAUUAUGCCAGGCAACUAUAUACACUUAAUUUUACUAUUUUUGCGACUACCUCCAAAGGCAACACGGUUGAUUGUUACCUGUGGGACGAAACAAAGGCAAGAAGAGGGUGUCAGGAAAUAGGGUCUUGUCUUUGGAAGGAUUUACUAGGCCUUGAUGUAAAUAUCAAGUACGCCGUAUACUAUUCUGAUAGAUGUUUUGGCCAGAAUUUGAAUUUUAUUAUUUGUUGCAUGUUCACCAAUUUUAUUUUCAAAUGUUGCUCAGAAAAAAGAAACUUAGAAGUUAGUCAUAAAUUUUUGACUUCUGGACACAGUCAUAUGGAAGUGGAUAGCGCCCAUGCCGCCAUAGAAAGGGCUAAAAAAAACCAUAAAGGCUCUAUUGAAACUCCUCGAGACUGGGCUGUAUUCAUAGCCUCAAUUCAUAAAAACGUCCCAUUUCAUGUAUACGAAAUGAGUCAGGAGGAAUUUCUAAAUUUUAAAAAACUUUUGAACAUUUUUACCAGACCAAAAACUGAUCAUAACGGUAAUCUGGUUCGAUUGCGUGAUAUUUGUCACUUCCGAUAUACAACAUCAGCUCCAGGAAUUGUUUUUUACAAAUAUAAUUUAGAGGACGAAUUCCAAUCGUUUUCGGUAGUUGACUUCAGCUUCAAAUUUUUAAAGUUAGACCCUAUAACUACUGAGCCGCUCAGUCUUGCACCAGAAAAAUUAGAAGAUUUGAAGAAACUUCUUCCAUACGUUUCAAAUAAGGCAUACUACCAAACAAUGCUACGACAAAUGGUACCAAAAAAGCGUGGACGAAAGCCAAAAGGAUGCACAGCAGAUGAUUUCGAAGCUGAUCUAGAUCGUGAUAUUGAUUUAGAAUAGUCUUUUAUACUAAGUUAGCAUUUAUAUGUACAUGUUCAUGUUAGCAUUAAUGGUUAAUGUAAAUGUACAGCUAUUUCAUAUAUUAGUUUUAAAUGUAAAGUUAGUUAUAAAAGUUAUGUUAGAUAUAGAUGAUAAGUUUGUAAAUAGUUUUGAUUGUGCUUGUAAAAUAUAUUAUUCCUUUCAAAUUCUAUUAAAACUUGUUUUUUUUCAUAUAUGAUAAAACUUUUAUUUCACUUGAAUUUUAGUCACUACAAAAAAAUCUAGGAAUAUCAUGAUUGAACUGGAAUAACAUUCUCCCUGUUAUUCUAACCCGCAUAUGAAAAAACUAUACCUCAAAAAAUCAUAACGAUAAUCGAACCCCUCCAGAAACUGUAACUGUUCAUAAAAACAUAGCUCCAAAGUUAAACUUUUCAAUUGAAAUAAAUCAAUUUUGAAUAAAACGAUUCAUACCAAGCUUUCACGUUUAUAUGAAAAGUCACGUUAUGGGUAACGGUUUGAACUAUUACCGAUAGCUUUUAAGUAAACCGUAAAAAUCAUCCUGAACGAUUACUCCUAACGUUCGUAUAAUUUUGACACUUCUCGAAUUUCAGGAUGACAGCUGUCAUGACUGCUACCCAGUUUUGAGAAGAAGAAAAAAAAUAAUAAGAAAUUAAUUAAAAAGUACACUGAUGAAAUUGCAGCCAGCCCAGCAGCGAUUUUCAAGGAAAUUUUGGUGUUGUAGCUACACUAACGUAUCGAAAAGACGGCAUACCGCGAGCCGCACUCAGUACUCAGUACAGCCAGGCGACGAAAAGCUAUUUUUCAGUGUCGGCCAAUGCGCUCUUCUAUGCAGCCCGAGUACGGCGCCGGGGGAACUUUCCUUGCUGGUGGCUGGAGACGCUACGGAACUGCAUAGAUUCCGGAUCUGAUUUGCCAAUGUCUGUAGACGCACCACUUCAUUCAUCAUAAUGUUGAAAAGCUACGAAAGCUGGAUCAGAGGAAUCCCCUGAGAGGAUUAAUAAAAAAAAACCCUGUAUGCCGUAAAAGUAAGUUUGAAAAUAAAACAAAUAGUGAAAUUCAAUGACAAUUCCAACUCAAUCCGAAAAUCCAAAAAAUAUAAAAUUUCCUUUUGGUGCGUCCGCCAUUAUCGCGGAUCCCAUACGGUACGGUUCCCAUAAACAUCAGUAUAACGCUGGAAGAACAUUUUGUGGAAUCGUAUCAUAACUGUUACUGUAAACGUUCAGUUACAAGUGCACUUCAAGGAUAACUGUAACUAUAACGGUUUGGAAUUCUAAAUAUGUUUCCAUGAGCGGUUUUGGGAAGUUAUCUCAACUAUUUGUAAAACAGUUCUCCCAUACAGAAGUUUUAACAGUUUUAAACAGUAACAUAACUUAACGCCAUAUUCAACAGACCGUCGUUUUGGAAUUCAAGAUAAGUGGAAUGUUUUUUAUGGUUUCAGAUAUCAUUUUCUAAACGUUUUUUUACGCUGUUUCUUAUCGUUUUAUAACUACUACAGGAACAGUUAUGUUACAAUAUUUUCGUAUUCGGGAAAUCCCUUGCAAAACUCUACUGGGGGCUAUCAUUUACUAUCUCAGACAAUAUAAUAAUAAAGCAAAAGCAAAAAAAAACGCACAAUUCUGACUAACAAUACUACAUAACUAAACACUUAAAAUUCAACCUUUGAAACAAGUUGAGCACCACUGACUCUCAGUGUGUGCUGCACGGCUAACUAUUACCCAAAACACAAACACUCAAAACCCAAAUCUUGUAGCGAUUUUUACAUUUUUACUAUUACGACACAUUAAAAACCUAGGCUAGCUUAACAUAAUUUAUCCUACUUACGGGCCCGUAUUUCCUACUUAAGUGUACAGACUGACAAACAAGACGAACAACAUCCUUAUCACAGUUGGUUCGGCACAGGAAUAUCACAGCUUUUGCGUCGGGACGACUAUCACAGGAACUGGCAACACUGCUCCACGGGCGCACCUCAACUGCCCGGAGCACCUCCGACUGCCUGCAGCUGGGUCUGUUGGCCAAAUGCUGGCUGCUUGGCUCAAGGCGGGAAUUUCGCUCAUCAACAACGGUUGGGCCCCAAAAAACGACCCUGUCGAUCAUCAAGCGUGGCAUAAAUAUUGGUUCGUGCAGUAUUAUAAACAAUAACUCACCCAAUGGGGUCGUUGAUUUCGAUCCGGUUUACUUGCCACCGCCUAUUCCCCGGAUCUCGACGGAGCUGCGCCUCUAUGCUGGUUCCUGCAAAUCCAAUAUCAUGACGAAGCACAUUCUGAAGGGAGGUUAUGAUUGGUUUCACUCACCCUCGCACUGUUGGAUCCGGAUCAUUUUUCUUUAUCUUUUCUGUUUCCGAUUUUUCUUCCGCCAGGCACUUAUCAUGACCAACGAUGAAGAUCUCUGCGCUCUGCUAGCUCCGGCUCUAGGAUGAUGCAGGUUGGCGGGAUACUCUUUGAUUCGUCAAUAAUUGUUUUGUUUUGUAUUUUUCCAUUCUUGUUUUGCUUUUGUCCUCCCAUGUGUGCGUUUGACAGGUACACUCUGAAUUAUCAAGACUGAAUUUUGGCUCAAACUAUAUAAACACUACACGCUCAAAAUUUAAUAACCAGACAUAAAUAAUUAUAACGCUACAUACACUACCGCAACGGAAGAAUUUUUCAUGAAUCGGAGACAGCCGAUUCAUGAAAAAUUCAAAAACCUCUAUCCUAGGCAACGAUCAGAGACAUCGGUCUGGUCACCCUAAGGAGACCUCGGUACUACGCAAGCCACAGCAAUGCUUGCCAGAUCUUAACACAAAUCCUCAAAUCCAAAAAAUAACUCCAGCGACUCCUGGAAAACUUGACCGAACGCCAACGAGUCUUGGCAAAGCGUCUCUGAAUCGUUCCUGACCGGCUCCUAAAUACUUGCCUCCGCUACGGUUACAUACACAAAACAGUAGCUUAAGGACUAAAACAUUUGCUCAAAACACAAAACAAUGAACAAAUAUUAAAAAUAAUAAAGAGUUUAAAAAUUGGUGAUUAAAAAGAGCACGGAAAGCAGCAAAUCCUUGGAAAGGGAGAAUUUAGUUCCCUGAUCGCCAAGAGCCCGAAUAGAGGUUUUACCGCGCCUCCAGAUCGCGUUGCUUUUGAAUGGAGGGUUUUCUUGGCGACCCCCUUAAUACUACUUUCCGAAAAAUGACGAUAAGUUCAGCAUGUGUUCUCAAUAAUAGGUAACGUUUAAACAAGAAAUUUUCUGGUUUGUCACGUUCCAGUAACGGCGUGUUUGCGUAUCGCAUGAACACGGUCAGUUUCUCCCGCCCUGACUAACGGCUGGCCUGCAAAAGGCACAUAAUGGCGCAUUGUUGUCGAAAUCGGUGGCCGAUGAGUUCACAACUGUGCACCGUUGAGACUCAACGACGAUAUUUGGCGAAGUGUCGCCGUGGCGGACUUGAUUGGUUGUGUGGAAAAUGUUGUCCGAAAUUUGACCUCCUUUAGCUCAGGAGCCUGUCCCAGUAUCUUCUGCCUCCACUAUUCUGCUUCUGGAUUUCUCCUACGUUGUCUAUGUUUUCGUGCUGCGUUGACUCACGUUGAGAUGUUUGGCAGCGAUUUUUGCGUACUUCCGCGACGGGCAGGCCUCACCCAUUCUGCGAAGACGCUCUGAGUUGCUCGAGUCCGUUAAGUGCCCUUUCGGCAAUCUGGAUGUGUGUUCCCGCAAUGCGUGUUUUGGUGAAGACAGUUGCUUCUUUGUUAAGUACCUUUAGUAAUGUACGUAGCUGGAUUGUCAUCAAGCGAGGAGGUGGUGGAUUAUGCUUCUACUCACUGCGCUUGACGAUUGUUCGAAUUUACCCGAUCGGUGUAUGGUGUUUUUGUAACGAUAAACGAUGUAGUACACAGAUAAUGUUCUGCGAUCAUAGCUUUGACAAUAUCUCACAUCAAUAUCGGUCAUGAGUCAAAAAAUGAUUUAAUUGCAUGCUGAACUUAAUUAAACUUAUGCUAAGAUUAAAAAAAUAAUUUAAUGUGGGUAUCGAUAAGAAUAAGAAGUAGUAUCAAAUCCACAACAUUAUAAAACUUAGCAUUAAUCACCAAAACACAACAUUUAUCUUAAAUUCAAAACAUAAAUCACAAAUUCAAGACAAAUUUUAACUUUUGCGGUAGCAUAAUUUAGUGGGUUUUUGUGUUGGGCGCCAAUGAAACAAGUUGAGCACCACUGACUCUCAGUGUGUGCUGCACGGCUAACUAUUACCCAAAACACAAACACUCAAAACCCAAAUCUUGUAGCGAUUUUUACAUUUUUACUAUUACGACACAUUAAAAACCUAGGCUAGCUUAACAUAAUUUAUCCUACUUACGGGCCCGUAUUUCCUACUUAAGUGUACAGACUGACAAACAAGACGAACAACAUCCUUAUCACAGUUGGUUCGGCACAGGAAUAUCACAGCUUUUGCGUCGGGACGACUAUCACAGGAACUGGCAACACUGCUCCACGGGCGCACCUCAACUGCCCGGAGCACCUCCGACUGCCUGCAGCUGGGUCUGUUGGCCAAAUGCUGGCUGCUUGGCUCAAGGCGGGAAUUUCGCUCAUCAACAACGGUUGGGCCCCAAAAAACGACCCUGUCGAUCAUCAAGCGUGGCAUAAAUAUUGGUUCGUGCAGUAUUAUAAACAAUAACUCACCCAAUGGGGUCGUUGAUUUCGAUCCGGUUUACUUGCCACCGCCUAUUCCCCGGAUCUCGACGGAGCUGCGCCUCUAUGCUGGUUCCUGCAAAUCCAAUAUCAUGACGAAGCACAUUCUGAAGGGAGGUUAUGAUUGGUUUCACUCACCCUCGCACUGUUGGAUCCGGAUCAUUUUUCUUUAUCUUUUCUGUUUCCGAUUUUUCUUCCGCCAGGCACUUAUCAUGACCAACGAUGAAGAUCUCUGCGCUCUGCUAGCUCCGGCUCUAGGAUGAUGCAGGUUGGCGGGAUACUCUUUGAUUCGUCAAUAAUUGUUUUGUUUUGUAUUUUUCCAUUCUUGUUUUGCUUUUGUCCUCCCAUGUGUGCGUUUGACAGGUACACUCUGAAUUAUCAAGACUGAAUUUUGGCUCAAACUACACGGAAAAACUCAGCUACUCAUAAAAUGUGUUUUGAUUACGCAUUAGUUUUAACUAAUCGUCUGAUACUAAAAAAAUGUAUAUCCCGUAUUUAAAUUUGGGUAACCAAAAUACAAAAGUAGCUAAAUAAUUUACAUCGUUUAGGCAAUUCUGUAUAAAAAGUUGUUGUUUUUGGAAUUUCGUCAAACAGGGAUGCCAACAGCAAAUUGCAGAAGCUUUCCGAUGGAGGCAGUACGACCGAAGUAGAAUUAUAAAAUUUUAAGAAAUUUUGCGCGCUACAUGGUUAGUUGAUGGUCAUUCAUGUAAGCAUGAAUUUGUUGCUCGUUGGCUGAAUGCUGUAAUUUUGAGUCCCGGUUAAAGAUUGACAGACAAAGUUCUAUUAUAGAGAUUGAUUUCAUAUCAACAGCGCGGCGUAACGUGAAGAAGCAUGAUACGGCCGUUAGUGGACAACAACCGAAACCCAACGCAAGUGGAUCAAAAAAGUAAGAACCCAAUUUGCACAGCGGCUGGACAAGAGCAAAAAUUCAUUUUCCAAAGGAACAGUCAAAAGCAAAACGAGCAAAAACUACAAAAAGUUGAGAAUGUGAAGCAUGUGAACCCAUCUAGGAAGUGGUGACCACCACAAGAAAGAGGCUCCGCUGAACAUUAAAAAAAAUGAUAUGGGAGAUAGGAAUUAUCACAGGACAGCAACUGUAAAACGAUAUUGCGUUCACUGUUUCGUGUGAGUCCCCAGAUAGACCCAAAAAUCCAUUGCUGGAGAACAGGUUACGAUGAAAUUGGAUAAAUAAUGACGAUCCAUCAAUCACCACUCAAGCGCCAUUUCCAUUUUAAGUUUUAUGUUUUGUAAUUUUUAUAUGUUUUUUGCAGUGUAACUAUGUAUCAAAAUGUGUUUAUUAAUAAAGAAUUAU